CCUGCAGCCCCCCGGACUCCAAGACACUGAAGUCCAUCCUCCGCUCACAUUCUCCCGUUAUUCAUCACACCAUUGCAUUUUAAGAGAUUUAGAGCUCUCACCACCAAACCCCACACCUCGAACCACACCACGACAGCAUACAAUGUCUCCUCUUUCAGUACCCAAGAUCUUUAUGGCCGGCGGUGCCGUGGGCUUCGGCUACUACCUGUACAUGCGCCAGUACUGGUUCCCCAACCCCUACAAGACACAGGGAGUUCAGAACAUUGAGGACCGCUUCUCCGCCGGCGGAGGCCACCCCACACACGCGCCCGCCCAGGCCAGCAUGCGAGGCACAUCAACGGACAACGAGGGUAGGAAAGAGGGUGGAAGCAACAAGGGCCCGGACUCGGAGCACUUCAGGAGCAACCACUCGUCCCAGCAGGGUGAACCCGUGUGGCCGGCCAAGUUCUACGAGCAGCAGUACAACAACCCCAAGGGCAAAUAAACAGCUCACUCGGGCAUUGAGCAUGCACAGAACCACAUAUUGUGGACACAAACACCCAAAGGCCUCUGAGGCCAUUGAUGCAUCGAUCGGAGAGCUGGGCGCUCUGAAAACACGAAGGACAGAGUCCCGGUGCGCAUAUCGCAUGGCACCCGUCGACAACCAUUACUACAAAUGAG